UAUUGAAACAUCAAUGUAGAUUCAUCCUGAUUCAAAUUCUGACAUCUAGCCCAAACUGUAAAUCAUGGAUCUCUUCUUUUAUAGCAUCCAAUAUUUGUCAUUCAUGACCACUGCCUGACGGGGAAACAAUCCGGAUGACCCAAAUAAGCACUUCCGAUGAUGUCGGGGCUGGAUGAUUGACAGCUAGGGACAGGUGUGAUCUGACUCCUGUAACCGGAGAACCAACUACACAUCGUACUUCAUAGUUGCACUGUCACUAUAUUGAUAUAAAUAACUUUACUGAAAGCUGCGUAGUGCUGAGGAGACUCCGGUCACAACACGAGGGGUGGGAUCACUUUAAACUGUGUGUACAUAAAGCAUCGUGGCCGCAUACUGAGACUGCAGCCAGACAGCACUGCAGGGUCCCACUGGGCGCGAGAGAGCUUGGCUUACUCUGCGUUACGCAACCGCACAAGCCCAUUCUUCUUUUUGGAAUCCGACUCAGACAUGGGGAUGCGCGGUUCUAAGCCACGGAGGCAAGCGCAGGUCCUGAUGCUUGGCUUGGACCGAUCAGGGAAGAGCACCUUGCUGUACAAACUCAAGUACAACGAGAGAACGGUGACGGUGCCCACGGUGGGCUUCAACGUGGAGACGCUGGAGACGGACAGGAGCAGCCCGGGGCUCACUGUCUGGGACGUGGGCGGCCAGAGGAAGAUGAGGCCUCACUGGAAGCAUCACUACGCCGACACGGCCGGGCUGGUGUUUGUGGUGGACAGCGCGGACCAAGGGAGGCUGGAUGAAGCCGGCAAGGAACUCCAUCGGGUGCUGAAGUACGAGACCCUGAGAGGAGUUCCUCUGGUCGUUCUGUCCAACAAACAGGAUCUGCGCGGGGCUCUGAGUCCCGAGGCGGUCUGCCAGAGGCUGGACCUCAGGCGAGCGUGCGAGGGCAAGAGGCCAUGGUUCAUCCAGCCCUGCUCGGGCAUCACGGGCGUGGGGCUGGAGGAAGGCUUCAGGAGGAUGGUGUACCUGAUGAAGACCCCGCUGAGGCAAACGCAAGAGGACAUCCAGGUCAAGAUGAAGUCAAAAGGCUUCAGGAUUUCGGCCUUGAUAUGCGGCUGAUGGGUGAUUUAAUCUGAUGCUUAAUCCAAUCACAUGUGUUCACUCUUAUCUGCCGCCUCAUCUACCAUAUAUGAUCAAGUAGGAAGGGGGUCAUUUGAAGAUGGAAGAUCUCAACACAGCUGUGACAGAAAGCCUCCUCAUCAGAAUCAAAGAGAAUCUUUCUUUGGGCUGUGGCAUUAGUGCGAGAAGAGUCAAAGGGUGGAAACACCCCACGUGUCAUGAGAAGCCUGCUGGGAUCCUUGAAAAAAUAUAUAUAUAUUGAAAAGCAUUCCUGAAUAUUUAUUUAUUUAAUAUGCACGUAUAAUCGAGUUCAUGUUAUACUUUCUUGUACUAUGUCUAUUUAUGUCUUAUUUAUGUUAUGUUUUAAAUGUAAUCAAAACACUGUGAUAAAAGGCGGAGAAUAUGCGAUAAAAACAAAUCUGUUUGGGUAGCAGCAUGUAAAUACACACAAUUAUUUGUCAUUCAUUUCUAAUAAAGAUCUCAGACAAUUGCUUUA